AAUGGCCCAUACCCCCACAAGACUCAUCAGCCCAUAUGGCUCUGAUAGGCUGGUGCGGCUGGCUGCUAAGCUGCGGCCAGCACUGUGUGACACCCUGAUCACCGUCGGGGGCCUGGAGUUCCCUGCUCACAGCCUGGUGCUGGCAGGGGCGAGCCCGAGGCUGGGCUGCAGGGGCCGCUGGGCUCUGGGUGAAGGCAUCAGCCCGUCCACCUUUGCUCAGCUUCUGACCUUGGUGUAUGGGGAGAGUGUAGAGCUCCGGCCUGGGGAACUGGGGAACCUUGAAGAGGCAGCCAGAGCCUUGGGGGUUCAGGCCCUGGAAGAAGCGUGUCAGAGGGCUCAGGAGGCCAAGCGUGAGGAUGAGCUGGACCCAGGACUGGAGCAGCACCAGCAGUCAGAACUCAUGAGGAGUUCCGAGCGAGGACUGGGGGGUCCUGGAGAGAAACAGAAGCCAGGGAAGGGAACUGGGGAACAGGAGCUGUUCCCCAGGCACAGAGCACCCAGAGAGAGCUCGGAGAUGCCAGGGGUCACUAGGAAGAUGAGACCAGAGGAGGCACUGGGCCCAGCCCCUGUUGGCUGUAGGGGAGCAGAAAGGCAGCAAGAGGCCACUGGAGGUAUAGCAAGCUCCCAGAGCCCCAAGGAGAGUCCUCCCGGGUGGCCUGGCCCCCUCCCAGCACCAGAUUCUCUCCUAACUAGCCUUAUUCCCAGGCCCUGGUGGGCUGAGGCCCCCUGCUGGGGGGAGGGCCAACCUGCCCUGUGGAGCAUCUUGCUGUGGCCGCCGCCCAGAUAUGGCACUCCCUUCUGCCAUAGUGCCCCUGCCACCGCAGCCGGGCAGGUCUGGCCUCAAGACCAGAGGAUCCCACUGACCUUGAACCACUCCAAAGGUCUCUGGAGCCAGAAUCUGCUGGCCCCCUGCAGCCCGACUCCAGCCUUUCCCCGGGGCCCUGAAAAACUCAGCCCUUGGGAGAUAGAAGAGUCUGGGCAAGGGUACCUAGGCACACUGGCCACCUGUGUGGGUCAAGAGCGCACACUGAGCUGCCCAUCCCGCCAACACCCCCCUUUACCCUCUGCUGCUCGCUCUCGGCCCUAUUCUUGCUCCGUCUGUGGAAAGAGGUUUUCACUCAAGCAUCAGAUGGAGACGCAUUACCGAGUCCACACAGGAGAGAAGCCCUUCUCCUGUAGCCUCUGUCCCCAGCGCUCCCGGGAUUUCUCUGCCAUGACCAAGCACCUGAGGACACAUGGGGCUGCUCCCUAUCGCUGCCCUCUGUGCAGGGCUGGCUGCCCUAGCCUGGCUGCCAUGCAGGCGCACAUGCGUGGCCACCCGCCCAGCCAGCUGCCGCCUGGAUGGACCAUCCGCUCCACCCUCCUCUACUCUUCCUCGAGGUCGACUCGCGCCUCGAUCUCUCCCGGGAUUCCUACCUCCUCCUCUGCUACCUGA